AUCGCAUUGUUCGACAGGUACUCGAACAAAUUCGUAGUCUCAAAAUGCCUUCGUCAGGGAUACCCAGCAAGGCGAAAGCCAUACCAACCGCAGUCUCCGACUUCACGGUCCUCCCCAUAACGCUCCCGGAAGCCAAACUCCCAGCCCAAUUCGCAUCUGUGCAACACUACCUCUAUAUCAAACCGCACGAACCGAGCAACCCAACACCAUCCUCCGACCGGAGCCUUUUCAUAUCAAACGUGCCGAUCGAUGCAGGCGAAAGCAACAUUCGAUCGCUCUUUGCGGAGCAACUAGGCGGCUCGCGAGUCGAGAGCGUGGAGUUCGACAGCGCCAUUCCCGCAGAGCCGUCGCACAAGAAAUUUAAAGUUGACAGAAGCGAUUCCGGUGAUGCGAGAGGCAAAAAGAGGAAGAGGGACGAGGAUAUCGUGGCUGAGGGCGUCGUAGAAGACGAGUACAGCGCGCUUCCUAAGAUCUGGACUUCGGAGCUGCGGCGGAGUGGCGGUUGCGCAGUUGUGGUUUUCGUGGAUCGCGCAAGCAUGAAAGGAGCGUUUAAGGAAGUCCAGAGGGCGGUUAAGACUGGGAAGGAAAUCAAGUGGAUACAAGGGGAGGGAUUGGGUAUCGAACGUUAUAAAUCCCACCAUGCUCUGCGAUAUCCUUCGAAAGCGGUUCUACAAGCUUCAGUCAAUGCUUACCUCUCUCAAUUCACCCGCACCGAGACUGCCCGUAAUCGUCUGCGCGCUAAGCAACGCUCCGUACCGGAUGAGGAUGGGUUCAUCACUGUCACACGUGGUGGCCGCACCGGUCCCGCGCGCCUUGAGCAAGCCGAGGCCAAGCAGAAGGAGCUCGAAGAGAGGAAGAAGGCUAAUGGGCCGAAGGGCGACUUCUACAGGUUCCAGACCAGAGAGAAGAGGAAAGAGGCAGAAGGUGAAUUGCGACGGAAGUUCGAAUUGGACAAGAAGAGGGUUGAGGAGAUGAAAGCGAGGAGAGGAAAGAUUAGGCCUGAGAGUUAAGGCGAGUCUAUACCGUACGAAUGUAGUUAGAUGUACAUACGACAAGAAUGCAUGAUACCCUAUGAAUCGAGC